AUGUCUCCACCACCUUCCCGCGACGCAGCAAGCGACCCCGACGCCUCGGAUCUUGCAGAGAAGGGGCUGUACACUAGACAAAACAGCAGCCUCACAUCGACAACAACAGUGAAUAUCUCACCGGUACCAAGUUCACGGAUCCUCGGGUCCGACACAACAGCGGGACAAGAGGUGCCUGAGCUACCGGUGGAGGCCGAGAAGCUGGCCUCCAACGAUUCCAAGCGACUGGCGCCCGUAAUCACAACAAAACCACUAUCGCCGCCAGUCAAAGGACCUCGUCGCUCGACUCUCAUCCGGCUCUGGUUCAGCACAUAUAGACUAUUCUUCAUAUUCACGACCUCGUUGAAUCUCACUGGUCUGCUGCUGGCCGUGCUGGGUCGCUUCAGCUAUGCACAGGACCAGGCUGGUGCCUUUAUACUGGGAAACCUCCUUACUGCAGUCCUCAUGCGGAAUGAGGUUUUCUUACGGAUUCUAUAUGCAGUGGCUAUAUUCGGCUUGCGCAGUUGGGCCCCGUUGAGAAUUAAACUAGCAGCGACCUCCAUCUUACAACAUGUUGGAGGCAUCCAUUCAGGAUGCGCACUCUCGGGCGUAACUUGGUUGAUUUACCAUGUCAUUGACCUUGCUCGCCGCGGCGCCGAACAACAACACAAAUCAGUCAUAAUCUCCGGCAUCAUCACGAUGGCACUCAUGUUUAUAUCGAUGCUCAGCGCCUUUCCAUGGGUUCGAAAUAACUACCACAACGUGUUCGAGAAGCAACAUCGGUUCAUUGGUUGGCUGGGCCUCAUAGCCACAUGGAUCUUCGUUGCCCUAGAGAAUAGUUACGAUGCCGCUCGUGGAGAGUGGAAGGUCACCACAGAUACGUUGAUUCGCUCACAAGCCUUGUGGUUUACCAUGUGCAUCACGUUGUGCAUCAUCAUUCCCUGGGCCACUGUGCGCAGAGUCCCGGUGGAGGUGCAGAUCCCAUCCUCCAAAGUGGCCAUCCUCUGCUUCGAGGGAGGCAUUCAACAAGGCCAUCUCGGCAGAAUCAGUCGCACCUCUCUUAUGGAGUAUCAUGCCUUUGGUAUCAUCAGUGAGGGGACGAACUCCGCACAUCAUUACAUGGUGUGUGGUGUUCAGGGCGACUUCACUCAGAGUCUUGUUCAAGACCCGCCUAAAGCCUUGUGGACGCGACAAUUCAAGUUUGCGGGGGUCGGACAUGCAUCCGCCAUGUUCAAGCGGGGGAUUCGCGUCUGCACGGGAACAGGAAUCGGCGCGGCGCUCUCGACCUGCAUCCAGAGCGAGAACUGGUUUCUUAUUUGGAUUGGCUCCGAUCAAGAAAAAACGUUUGGGCCGAUCAUCAAAGAUCUGAUACAUCGGAACAUCCCUGCAUCCAGGAUGAUUCUCUGGGAUACCAAGCAACGAGGUGGCAGACCAGACACCUUGCAGCUCCUGAAGGAUACGUGGCGAAGCUUUGAAGCCGAAGUUGUGUUCAUAACGUCCAACAAGCGAGGCAACGACGAGCUGAUGCAAGGUUGCUAUGAAGCCGGUAUCCAUGCUUUUGGCACCCUGUGGGACUUCUAA